UGAUCCAGUCCAUUCCGGUGGGAUAACAAAACAAAAACAUACAGGAAUUAUAUUUUCAUUAGUUUUUAUUGUAGAUAUUUCUAUUUUAACAAUUAUUAAACAAGAACAUAAACCAAGAUAAACACGAUAACAAUGAAUCUAAAAUGGAUUAAUGUAAAUGAAAGAUUAAAAAAUGGAGUAAAAUUAAUAAACUCCCUCUCAACAAAAAAAUUCCAGCUGCUUUUGGGCCACAUAGUUGAAGCUGAAGGCGAGAAUCCGUUUACAGAUGAAGAACUGAAAAAACUAAAAGACUCAUUGAAGUUAACUGAGGAUGCAUUGCAACUUCUAGUGCAGUCUAUUUCACAUAUUUUCAAGCAAUCCAGUAAAGUCAUUCUUAAACCCACAGUUCUAUAUAAGCAGCUUUGCGAACAGCUGGAAUUUGAGGAUGAAAAAGCGGAAGAAUUUGUGAAGAUAUGGUGUAAUCACACUAAUGAAGAUUUUGGUGAUUUUAGUAGCAGAAUGAAGCUUGAAAAUGUUUCUUGGGAGUUGAAUAUUCAGGUUGCAGAUCAAAUAAAUAAUAAACAGAGUGUCCCUGUUGGACGAAUGCAAUUUGAGCUUGCACAAUCGGUAGACAAUAGUAAGAAAGAAAGAAUAUUCAUGGAAUUUACCCAGAGCGAACUUCAACAGUUGUAUAAUAAUUUGGAAAAGAUCCAAAUGAAGCUUGAUAACAUAAAUAACGUAGGGCAUUAAUAUCAAAUGAUUUGUCGAAAGAUAAUAACUUUCAUUAAUGUUACAUCUUGAGAUGCAAACAAUCUAGAUAUCUAUAUGCAUUUUUAGGAUUACUUAACCCAUUAAUGGCCAAAGUAUCGAAAACGAAACAUUUCUUUAAUUAUUUUUUUUCUACGAUUUUCAUAUGAUGAUUAUUAUAUUUUAUGUAUCGGUCUUUUAUAUAGAUAGUUUAUUGACGUGUUUCUUAUCUGAAUGGUCUCAAUUACCUGCUGCAUAAUUUUUGAAAUAAUAAACAAAACACUCCAAAUUUACUAGUAUCUGUCUGUGCCAUUUGAGCUCGCAUAAUAAAUCACAAGGUAUUUAAAAUUCGACCAAACCAGCAUUCCUUGUUCAAUUAGAUAUUGUAGAAUAAUAUUAUCCAAACAUAAUUUCGAAUAUGACUACUCAUAAAAUUUUAUAAUGCUUUAAAGAUAAUGUUUCGUUUAUGAAACUUUGGCAGGAUCCGUGAAUUUAUGAUCCAUAUCGGAUAGUCUACUAAUAGUCCAAGAGCUGGAAGCGGAUUUUGCUCGUGAUAAGUAAUACGGGGAUAUGUUGAAUUAGUCACUUCUCCACACGGGCGGAAACCAGAGCGGGGGGCGAGGGUAGUUUUAAGGGGUCAAAGUCGCCGUUUUUAUUAUUUUUUUUGUGACGUUCAUGAUCGAGAUAGUGCAUCAAACUUUGGGAAUAAGUAAGUCAUGACGUAAAUAAAUAAAAUCUCCAGGGGCGGAACGCUGCGUGGGGGGCAAAUGGAUGGGGCAUCGUGGUAGAUUGUGACUAAACUAACUAAAAUCUUCAGGGGCGGAACGGUGCGGGGGGGGACGAAGGUAGUUAUAAGGGGUCAAAGUCUCCUAGAUAAUUUGGUAUCAAAUUACAGUCCUUGUUUAUAAACCUUGUAGAUUGCACAGUUGUAAAUUCAUGGACAAUUUACAACAUUGCGAAUUACUCUAGAGUCUCCCAAUUGCAAUUCCGUUCUUCGUUGGUUUUGUCACUGAUACUGAACGAAAAAAGAUUUACAGUAAAAACAGCUUCUGAAGAAGGUGACAUCGAAUCAGAGCCAGAGCCAAUGCCAUCCACACCAGCAGGAGAUCGUUCUUCUAAAGGAAGUUUGCCUUCUGAUAUUCAAUAUGACCAGAUUGGUCAUAAUAUCGUUCGCGAAGAGGAGGGACGUAGACGGCGGUGCAGACUGUGCAAAACUAACUCUGUUUAUAUGUGCGGAAAAUACAAGGUUCACUUGAAUGCUGACUGUUUUAGUGCUUUCCAUAAAAAAUGAGAUGCCAUAAUGACGCUACUGCCAUACUACCAUACUGCCAAGUGAUCAUUUUAUUUUAUAUAAUUAACUAUUGUAGCAAUAUCUUUAGUUUUUAAUUGAUAAAACUAAGAAAUUUCAUUUACCCACUAUAAAAUGUAUAACUUUCAAUUUACUACCUAUAUUAUGCCAAAGUUUCGUUAACGAAACAUUAUUUUUUUGUAUAUUGCAAUUAUUAUUGUUUAUAAUUUUAAGUAAAAUAUUGUUCUUAUACCUUUAUUUAUAAAGUAUAUAAACUUGAAUUGUGAGAAAUCUAAUUAUUUCAAUGCUUGGCCAUUAAUGGGUUAAUAUAUCUAGCUUUUACUAAAGUAUACUGUAUACCACUGGGUAUUGUGAUAUUAAUUUAUGGGAAAUUAUAAACAAUAUAAAACA